AGAAGAAGAAUGUCGGGGCCUGUCCUGCCGGCCUUGGGUCGGUUUAGCGUAGAGAAGCAAGAGUCCUUACUUAAGCUCAGUAUUCUCUCAAUAUCAGCUGUUCUUGCCUUCUCCACCAGGCUCUUCUCUGUACUCAGGUUUGAAUCUGUGAUCCAUGAGUUUGAUCCCUACUUCAACUACCGUACUACUAAGUAUCUAGCAGAAAAGGGAUUCUACUCCUUCCACAAUUGGUUCGAUGACAGGGCCUGGUAUCCACUAGGAAGGAUAAUUGGUGGUACUAUAUAUCCUGGACUGAUGGUAACAGCUAGCGCUAUCUACCAUCUUCUUAACUCACUCAAUAUCACACUAGAUGUCAGAGAGGUUUGUGUAUUCCUGGCGCCGUUGUUCUCCAGUCUGACCGCUAUCAUGACCUACCUACUGACCAGCGAGCUACACAGUGUAGGGGCAGGACUCUGCGCUGCAGGGAUGAUUGCUAUAGUUCCAGGAUACAUCUCAAGAUCUGUGGCUGGUUCCUAUGAUAACGAAGGAAUAGCUAUAUUCUGUAUGCUCUUCACAUACUAUCUCUGGAUCAAGGCUGUCAAAACAGGAUACAUUUACUGGUCUGCUCUGUGCUCUGUAGCCUACUUCUACAUGGUUUCUUCAUGGGGAGGAUAUGUUUUCCUGAUCAAUAUCAUCCCUCUUCAUGUACUAGUUCUGAUGGUCUGCGGACGGUUUUCUCACAAGAUUUAUGUUGCAUUCUCCACAGUUUAUACGUUGGGUACUCUUCUAUCCAUGCAGAUUUCUUUUGUUGGGUUCCAACCUGUACAGACCAGUGAACACAUGCUUGCUCUUGGAGUUUUCGGUCUCUGUCAGAUCCUGGCAUUCGUGAAUUAUAUCAGAGCUAACUUGAGUACUGAGAACUUCAACCUGCUGUUUAAGAGUUUAAUCAUCAUCAUCUCUUCUAUCAUUGGGAUCGGUCUAGCUGUACUUACUCUGUCUGGCAAGGUUGCCCCGUGGACUGGAAGAUUCUACUCCCUACUGGAUCCAAGCUAUGCUAAGAAUAAUAUUCCUAUUAUUGCCAGUGUUUCAGAGCAUCAGCCCACCUCUUGGUCGUCUUUCUACUUUGAUCUACAGAUUCUAACCUUCCUGUUUCCUGCUGGCCUCUACUACUGCUUUUCUAAAUUGACCGAUCACAACAUCUUCAUCAUCCUGUACGGAGUCUUCUCCGUUUACUUCGCCGGGGUCAUGGUCAGGUUGAUGCUGGUGCUGGCUCCAGUCAUGUGUAUUCUCUCAGGUAUUGCUGUCUCCAGCUCCCUGUCCACCUACAUGAAAUAUGUGGACGCUUCCUCCCACCUUCAAACCAAACCCGGAACCAAGACCGGUAAAACCAAGGACCCUUCGGCCCCGCAGAACAAGGGGAUCGCGUACAUGUUUGUCGGUAUGAUGACCUGCUUCCUGAUCUCCUACACCUUCCACUGUACCUGGGUGACUAGUGAAGCAUACAGUUCCCCUAGUAUUGUCCUGUCUGCUAGAUCUCAUGAUGGCUCCAGGAUUAUAUUUGAUGACUUCAGGGAAGCAUACUGGUGGCUUAGAAUGAACACUCCAGAAGACGCUAAGGUGAUGUCUUGGUGGGAUUAUGGAUAUCAGAUUACAGCAAUGGCAAACAGAACAAUUAUAGUGGAUAAUAAUACUUGGAAUAAUACUCAUAUAUCCAGGGUUGGACAGGCUAUGGCAAGUACUGAGGAUAAAGCGUAUGAGAUCAUGAAGGAGCUUGAUGUAGAUUAUGUUCUUGUCAUAUUUGGUGGCCUAACCGGAUACUCCUCUGAUGAUAUAAAUAAGUUCCUAUGGAUGGUAAGGAUUGGUGGAUCUACUCCAGAAGGUGCACACAUCAAGGAAUGGGAUUACUAUACACCAAGUGGAGAGUUUCGAGUAGAUGGGGAUGGAAGUCCUACACUACUAAACUGUAUGAUGUACAAGAUGUGCUACUAUAGAUUCGGACAGGUCUACACAGAAGGAGGAAAGCCUCCUGGAUAUGAUCGUGUACGGAAUGCUGAGAUCGGAAAUAAAGAUUUCCAGCUGGAUGUGUUAGAGGAGGCAUAUACUUCAGAACACUGGAUAGUCAGGAUAUACAAGGUGAAAGAUCUACCGAACCGUGGAACCCGUUAAAAUUGGUUUAAAAUCCUCCAACAUGAUCAUUUAUUGAAUACACCUGUGUCAAGAUCAAUAAUAUCAUUUGAUCAAUACACUGCCAAUUGAUCACUCAAUCAUUACUAACGACGACGUUUUACAAACCCGUUAAAAAAGUUCUUAUUUAUAUCUCUUACUGUUUUACCCAAUGUUAUCUGGCAACUUUAUGGAUCGUUUAACCCCCCCCCCCCCCCUGUAUCCCGGCUAAUUAUUUUGCAUUUUAUAUUGUGAUACACAGGCAUUCUAACUGUAUCUUGAUGCACAUGAAGAUCAUGUUAAGACCGAGCGCAAUGAUCAGCAUAAUCCCGCAUGCAUUUUAAAACUGAAUGCCGCGGGGCGCGGAUUAAUUGUUAAAUGUGCGCAUGUGUGUGUUUCUCUCCUGAGUGAUGUUGUGAUAAAUUGCACUGUUUUAAUUUUUCAUGUUUGUAUCAUUUUUAUUAUUUAUAAUAAAUCUGUUUUUCGAAUUAA